CCGGCGGGUUUUAAAAAGAAAAAGCUCAUAUUUCAGGUAGUUUGCAACGUCACAAAGGAUCAAGGCCUGCUUUUAGUGAAGUGCGGGUCCACGCGGAGCAAAGUGAGGCACAAGUUGGACUGAGAGGAGCUGACGGAGGAUGUGUUUUUAAAAGGAAACACCGCGGCCGAGCUACAGAUUGAACAUGCUGCAGGUUGUAUGAGUGACAGAUAUGGGGUCAGCCAGAUCAUAUUUGCAGACUUUCACUGCGGUGGCACUUCUUUGCCUGUUUUCAGGGACAACUAAAGGUGGGAGGCCGGAGGUGCGCGGAAAAGUCGGAGGUGUGGUGGAGUUGGAGUGUAGUUUUCCUCCAUCAGAGCCAGCUGCUGUGUCCUCAGCGUCGCUGCAUGUGGUGGAAUGGGUUCGACAGGGACUUGACAUCCCCGUCCUGAUCAAAUUUGGAUCCUACGCGCCUCGACUACAUCCACAAUAUGAAGGCCGGGUGUCUCUGGUACGAGUCACUGACCUGAGGCUGCAGGACCUGCGGCUGGAUGACCAGGGCUUGUACGAGUGUCGAAUCCUCUUACUGAAUGAGCCCACUGAUGAGCUGCAGAACGGCACCUGGACUCUGCUUUCUGUAACUGCUCCACCCACCUUCUCUGAAGCCCCGCCUCCUGACGUCGAGGCUCUGGUUGGAACUCACCUUUCUCUUUCCUGUGUUGCCGUUGGCAACCCUCCUCCAACCAUCACCUGGUUAAAAGAUGGCAGUGUGAUCCAAAGAAUAAAUGAUCAGCAGGAAGGAGCGUUAUCUCUGCCAGCAGUGAGCAUGCAGUCAGCAGGACAGUACACCUGCCACGCCUCCAACUCUGAGGGGAACGUGACUCGCGUGACCAAAGUGAAGAUCAAAGGUCCACCUGUGAUUGUCAUCCCUCCCAAAAGCACCUCUCUCAACAAGUCCCACAAUGCACUUCUCCGUUGCCAGGCAGUGGCAGACCCCCCCAACAUGACGUACGUGUGGCAGAAAGGUGGAGAGAACGUCCAUCACAUAGAGUCUCUGAAGUCGCGCGUGAAGAUCAUGGUUGAUGGAACUCUACUCAUCUCCAGCGUCAUCCCAGAGGAUUCUGGGAACUACACCUGCAUGCCGACGAAUGGCCUGCUGACCCCGCCCACCGCCUCCGCCACCCUCACAGUGAUGCACCCAGCCCAGGCUCUCCCAGUGCCCCAGCAGACGUACCUUCCCACGGGAAUGGAGGGCGUGGUCUCCUGCCCAGCAACCGCUCAGCCUCCGCUGCUCCGUGUGGACUGGACAAAAGAUGGAGAACCACUUGACCUGUCCUUGUAUCCAGGAUGGACCUUGACACCAGAAGGCUCUUUGCUGAUGACCACGGUCAAUGACGAUGCAGCAGGCGUGUACACGUGUUCCCCGUACAACAGCUACGGCACCAUGGGUUCAUCCCAACCAACUACUGUCAUCCUCCAGGACCCCCCAUCACUGAGCAUCAGUCCAGAGAAGCAGUACAGGCAGGAAGCUGGCAGAACGCUGCUCAUCCCCUGUCAAGGAAACCAGGACCCAACAAUUAAAGUGACCUGGAGCAAGGUUGACUUGGCCCGUCGCACAUCUUACUCCAUAGAACCCAACGGUUCUCUGCUCCUGCAACCUCUCACUAAGGACCACCAGGGGGCGUGGGAGUGCAGCGCUACUAACCGCGUAGCCUCGGUGAAAGCCACCACGCAGGUCUUUGUCCUCGGGACCAGUCCCCAUGCGGCUACCUCUCUGUCCGUCUCUCCAGGGGUGAGGCAGGCCAACGUUUCCUGGGAGGCAGGCUUUGAUGGAGGAUCAGCACAGACAUUUUCAGUUUGGGUGAAGAAGAUUUCAGCGAGCGAUAAUGAUGGGAAGCAGGACUGGUUCUCUGUGGCCGUGCCCUCCUCCUCUGGCAGCGGGCUGCAGGUUACAGGUCUGUCUCCUGCCACCGACUACCAGUUCAGCAUCCUGUCUCAAAAUAAAAUGGGCACAGGACCUUUUAGUGAGAUAACCACCACACGGACCUUGGAUCCUCCACCGAGGAGAAGUAAACUAAAGCCCCCUGCGUCGCUGUCAGCUCAUCAGGGCUCAGCAGGUGUCGUUCUGCAAUGGUCCCCUCCUGAAACCCAGCACCCUCCCAUCACUGCCUUUGUUCUCCAAUCCCGCACCGAGCAAGGGGAGUGGUUUCAUUUGGAUGAGGACAUCAGUGCCAACAGCAGCGAGAUUGUCGUUCCAGGUCUGCACAAGGACUGUGUGUACGAGCUGCGGCUGCUAUCUCGUCGCGGGGAGUUGCUGAGCGAGCCCAGUCCAUCAGUCAAUGUCUCCACCAUGGGGAUGGAGAUCUACCCCGCCACGUCCCGACUCCUGGAGUUCGUCCCGGAGCCAUUACUGGCCGGCGUGCUGGGCGGGGUCGGCUUCAUGUGCUUGGCGCUGGUCUUGCUCCUGGGAGCCGCCUGUGUCAUCAGCCACAAGAGGGACCAGCGUCGCAGAAAGAAGAAGGAUGAUUCCCCUUCUGCCAUCUAUAAAUGCUCCCCAUCAAUAAAGACUUCAGGCACUGGCAGUCCAGACAGUGUGUUGAAGAAAAGCCUACUUCCAGCCAGCAUCCUCUAUCCCACCACUUCCUCUACCACCACCACCACCACCACCGCCUCCUCCUCCUCACAGACAGACUGUUCCUCCUUUAGCACUGAGAGUCAUCAUCAGCGGAAGCAACUCCUGUCCAACUACGGCAGAGGCCGCCUCACUCGGACAACUUCUUCUCCCAUUUCUCCCUCCAUUGAGUUGAUCUCUAGAGGUCCAGAUGGCCGAUUCGCACCGUACGACAAAUACACCCUCAAUGCUCGCAGCGAGAAAAGCCGGAGCCUCGACCAAGCUAGAGUCCGAAGGUCUUUAUCUCUGCAUUCGGAGAGGGAGGUCAGGAAGCAGCCAGCGUUUGUGCUCUCUGUUGAUCUUGCACCUUGCAAACAAACACCGGCUAAUUCCCUAAACCAAAUAAGUGGCAUGUCCCACCACCGCCCUUAUAUCUCGGAUCAGAAGUCAAACUACGAUGGCUUCCCUGACUUCACCAGCCUGUGCUCAAACAGCAGUUUGGCCACCAUUCCUCACCAAGACAGAGGGAUAACUCCCACAUUUCCGGUGCUCCCGCAUAUCCGAUCGGGCCUCGGUCAGCCGUCGACCACCGCCAGCGCCCUGGUGCUCCAAAUGGAGCACGAGCGAGAGGCGGGCAACCUGAGCCGCUGUCUGAAGCUGGCUCAGGAGAGGGAGGAGCUGGAGAGGGAGCUCCAGAUGUACACACUGGAGAGAGGCUCCGUGAGAGAAUUGAAGAGCGAGCAUUCAGACUUUGAGAGGAGAGAGGCUGGUGGUAAUGAGCUUGUGUGGGAAUAUAAGAGCAGCACUUUGCCCCACAGAUACCCUCAGGGCAGCAAGGAGAGCUUUGGUCUGCCACCGAGUCCUUUCUCUUCAUCCUCUGUGCAUUGGGAGGCCCGUCCUCUUGUCUCUCCUCUCACUCUGAUCCCUACACGGACCAGAGCGCCUUCACCUGCGAGCUCCUCUCGUUUUAAGUCCAGCAACCAUCUUCCCGCUCCAUCUUUCACCAAACAGACCCCCCUGGUAUCUGAGCAGGCAGACAGUUUUUCCAAAGGCAGAUUAACUCUCCCACAUCUCUCCUCAAAGCACCAGAGACAUGAAAGGGUAGAGGCAGCACCAGAGGGCUAUGAUAAUUCACCACAAUCCACAGUCUUAGAAAUGCAAACGAAUGAUUCAUGCUUUGAGGCACAGAGACAGAACAAUCUUAGUCAUGGCAGCCUUUCAACGUUGACUUUCCAUAGCGGUAAAUACACUGAAAGAUCUAAUUCGGCCCUCGAUGCCGUGCCAGACUCUUCAAAAGCGGAGGUAGCUUUCCCCCGGCCCACUGGCAGAGACGUGAGUGUUGAGAUGAGUGUGGAUGAGCCAGAGUUGGCGGUGUGCGUGACGCGGCCCACAAAGCCCAUGCUGCACCACAGAAUCGCCUCUCAUGUGGGCCGCCCUCUGACUCGCCGGGGUCGGCAUGAAGACGCAAAUAGGAGCCAAAGUUUUGACUACAGCUCCGUGGAGGAGAUUAUCAGGAUUCCAGCUUCUCCGCACACUCCAGAACCAGAACUGUGGAGAGGUGCCACCCGAGGCUCUAAACUCUGGGACUCUAAGCAGCGAAGUCAGAGCCUCGACUCGCGGAAACGGAGGAGUUUCCUCACUCCCGACGCGUGGAUAGACUCUCUGAGCCAAGAGAACUGCUCCGUCGGGUCUCCCUGUCACCCUGACGCUCUGUUCUGGGAACCCCAGGGAGGGAAGAUCUCCAAAUCUCCUGCAAAUUCUCCUUCUGCUGCCCAAGCUGCCUCGCGGUCACCCCCUGCUGCGGAUGCUUUAUCUCUGAGGAGCAGACAAGAGAGGCCCGUGACAAAUGCUGACAUGGCUCGUCACUACGAGCCAAGAAGAGAGGCGUCCGUCUUUCCCGACGCUGCCAAGUGGCCGAUCGACUACCGGGAGGCCGUGAAAGAGGCGCUAGGAUCCUUGGAGGCCAUGAAGGAAGCUUCCAGAUGCUUACCGCCCGUCGACAAUUACCAAGAGGCACUAGAAGUGGAAGCAGGAGGCUACGACGGGGUGCCAGAGUCCGGGAGCAGCUACAGCAGCUACGCCAGCAGCGGGCGCGGCAGCAUGGAGCCGGCUAACAGGCGUCUGUCCCUGUGUCACCUCUCCCCAACACUCCCACCUGACACUGUGGAGGAGAGCACAGAGGACACCAAAAUGGAUCCACGCCAAAGGAGAAAGGCCUCGGUGGAUGAGAAUUAUGAGUGGGAUGCUGCUGAUAUCUGCUCGCAGCAUGGAGACCAUGAUGACGUGCUUCCUUCAUUGAAUCUACUGAAGUCUGCUCCGUGCUGCAGCCUUCCCAGAAUGCACUGCUCCACUAAGGCACAGAAAAAUCGCGCUCAGCUCUCUUUGCUCCUGGGGCAUCAAAGCAGCUGCUCUGCUGAGCCUGAACCAGACAGCGUGCUGUUCUGACAGCGCCAGCCUUCGGCUCAUCUCACCUGGUGUGUCCUUUCACUUAUUGACUUGCAUCACAAGGCGUCAAAAAGUGCAUGUGGCAGAAAGUGGCUUUUGUAUGAUCACUCGUUGUCCCUUUUUUCAGUGGGAGAAAGGGAACAAAGAUCAGAAGAGUGUUUUAGAGUGUAUUCUGCUUUGUCUCUUUGUUAAACCUCACUUGAAAAAUAAUGGUUUUUAACAAUGCAGGCCUCAGUGAAGUAAUGGAGACUCACAAUCACCUUUACCCUCAUGCAGCGCUUUAAAAGUUUGUUUUGCUUUGUGACCCAUCGCCAUCACGCUCUUGGCAUUUUCUUUUGAGACAGUCUGCCAAUCUGCCGAUAUUAAAGCUUUUCACCGCGCUGAUGGAUUCACCACGUUCUCUGUGUGUGGUUUGAUACGCAUUCAUCAUCCAGGGAUGACUCAGUGGCCACACACAAGGCACAAAACCAUCUCAGUCAUCACCAAGUGACUGGUUUAGGCUGGGGAUGAUUAAGUUUUUCGAUAUCAUCAAUCACCUUUGACUCUAACAAGAGCUGUUUAUGAAAAAUGCCAAUGAAUAAGGAAGAUAAAUAGAAUAUAAAAGUUAAUUUUGCUGCACUGUUACUGUUUGCUUUAGCGUGAAGCUCUUUCUAAAAGGAUCAUUUCCCGACAGAGAUCAUUAUCUGCUUUUUGCCCUUAAAAUACUGUGAAGUUUUGAAAUGUAAAAGAUUUGAAUGAAAGCCUUAUUUUCCUCUCCAGGCCAUCUCCUUGUUCAGCGGAGCGAAACCUCUCAUUAUGUUCGCUAAUUGAAGAGGGUCAAGUGAACUUGUCGGGCUUGUCCUUGUUUAUUCUUUAUGGAGAUAAAAGAGAAUUAGUUUUUAUUUGUUCCUUUGACUUUAGUUUACAAAAAGUCAAUUCACUGAAUGCUGAAUGCUGCCAGCUGAAGCUGCUUCAUAAGUUGUUAACAUUGACACUUGGGAGCCAACAGUGGAGCUGAUAAGUGGAGCCAGUUGAGUGGUUAAAUGCCUUGUUUGAGUCAAUGGCGGGUACUUAAUACCUCCCUGUAGGGCUCAGGGUCAAUUCAACAUUAUUGUUUAGCGACUGACAAUGGAACCACAUAAUAAUGAUGUCAUAUUGCAAAACGCUGUUGUCCAAAGCAAUAAUCAGGUGCAAAUAUGGUUUGACCCUAAAAAAAUUCUAACAAAAGGGUUUCGCAGUGGUUUACAGUAGUAUCAGAUGUACUUAAAAACAAGUUUACCAAUUUUUGGCUCCAAGAAAUGUCCCAUUUUCAAAAUCGCCAGCUCUUUAAAAUGACCAUUACUCCUUCUAGUUAGGCGGCUGAGCUAAAUUAAGGAGACUCGCGGGACAAAAGCUCCUAAUUUUUUCCACAUGCUCUCCAUCACAAUAAGUUUAAUUUUUUGAUGGGAGCCACUUCAUCAAGAUUGUGGAUUGGAGAUGGCAGCCAUUCAAAAUCUAUGAGAACCAAUAUAUCUUCCAAGCCACUCAGAAGGUCAAUCUUGGUGUCAAAAUCUACAUUUUCUGGGUCAAGGAAUCAUUAAAAGCUAUUGAGAAUAUCACUAGAUGAUUAUUUGAUCCAAUAGAUAUGUUCAUUUAAGCCAUGUAUUUACGUAAUUUCCAACUCAUUAAUAUAGGUCAUAUACAGUGCAUACAUUAUGAAAAAUGAAUAACAUGCAUACAUUUAACUGAACUUUAUCAGCUUCACUCAUUAUUACAUUUACAACCACAAAGAUCUGUGCAGUUCCAGUGAGCCUUCAUGAGCACCUUGCACCACAGACACUUUACAGUUUCCCUUCAGUAAUCACAUAUUUUCUCCUUUCUCAUAUCACUUUGCCUAGUGUUGGAGGCUUCCUGUCCAUCUUGAAAAUGACACCUUUCUAGUGGUCAGAUUUUGGUAAACUUUUAGUAUGUUAAUAAGGACAUCUAAUACAACAAGAAACAGCUGAGAAACCUUUUGUUAGAAUUAGGGUUAGGUGUUUUUUUUUCUUAUAUAUGCACCCGCCUAUGAAAGCAAAUUUGAAAGACAAAUUUACCAUUUAAUUUGAGUUCUCAGUUUGAGUCACAUCAGUAUUUAUAACAGCCAAGUUUCAGAUGUAAUUAAUUUAUUUCAGUGGAAACCAAAUGCUCAGUGGAUUCCAAUAUAUCAGACUUGGUGGUACAUAAUAUGCCAACUAUUUCCAAUAAAAAGCCUACUGGAAAAGUCACCAGGCAGUAAUUUGCAUAAUGGUGGCUUCAUUAACUAACUUUUUACACAUAUACAAGAUUUUGAAAAAACAGGCUCAACUUAAACCUCUGAAGUCCAGGACAUUUGGUUCAAAUUUGUCAACUUCCUAUGCAUUAAUUUCUGUCUCUGUUUAGCAUCUUUCAGUCUGUCCUUACAUCACAUGCAUGGCUUCUUUUUCUCAACACAAACUUGGCUAUCAGUCAGAUUUUUCAUUUUAUUUUAAUUAACAAAGUAUAAAGCUGCCAGGUACCCAAAAUACAAACAAAAGACACAGAUUUCUAUGAAAAUGUACCAUUUUUUUAACCAUUAAUACACACAAAAACAGCAGAAAAACUAAUAAAUAAUAAAACUACAAAACAGUCUAUUUGCAUGUAAAUUAAAAAUAGUAAUAGUUUUCAUUGUAGAAUGAAAAUUCACAUUGCAAAAAUGGUCUAGAAACAUAAAUGGCACACUGUGAAAGCUAUGAUGCACUUUCAACUGGCUUUCUCAGCUUGUCAACAUAUCAUAUAUAAAUAAAGUUAUUACUGUAAAUAAAACGUGUAUUUUCAAUAAAUAGAUGGACUCCAGAGGGUAAACUGACUUUAACAAGCUUUAUCAGUAGCCACUGUUAUUUUUCAUCAUCACUAUGAACCUAAACCUGCCUCUGAUUUCCUAAACUUUACUGAAGGCUGUUCUAUAGACGGUGGAACUGAAGUGUCAGGAGUCGAGAGGGUUUAGACACUAGAACAGAGGUGCUCAAAGUUUUGAUGACAGAGUGCCACUUUAGGGAGUCAACAUAUGAUUGAGGCUGCAAAGAAAAAAUGUAAAGUUGGGAGUUGUCCACAGAAACAGCACUAGCAACUGAUUACAGAGUUGCCAUGCAACCAGUAGCUGUCUACAAGUCGUCAUUACUUUGACAGAUGCUUGUUUGGAGGGUGUUGUUUGACGCACUAGCCGAGUCGUGUAUUAAAUGGAAGCUAUAGGAAGUGAAAGUAUUGAAAUGGACAGGAGGCAGAUUCAUAUCUAGUUCCAUUGGAUGUCAGGUUUCUGAGGGUUUCCAUUGGUCUGCUGGCAGCACUUUGAGCAGCUAUGGACUGGGACAAAGUCACUCAUUUUAAUGUUGCAUGCUGGGAGAAAAUAACACUUUUAUAAUAAUGUUGAGCCAUUUUAAAAUGAAGGUGAAUGAGUUCCCCAGACACACAGUGGGGGUCUGUGAUUGGUCGUCAUGCUGCAUUCACAUCAAAUAAGGUGUUGCAUAGAAAACAGCAAGUACUCCUAUUUUAACCUGAAUAUACAGUCAUGAAAAAAAAUAUUAGACCACCCUUGUUUUCUCUAGUUUCUUGUUCAUUUUAAUGCCUGGUACAACUAAAGGUACAUAUGUUUGGACAAAUAUAAUGAUAACAACAAAAAUCAUAAGACUUUAAUUUAUGAACUAAUAUCUAGACAUUUUCCAUGGUUUUCUUGAUAAUGAUUUUGGUUAUUAUCAAGAAAACCAUGGAAAAUGUCUAGAUAUCAGCUCUUAAAUAAAACUCUUCUCAGCUAUUUUUGUUAUCAUUAUAUUUGUCCAAACAAAUGAUCUCUUUGGCUCCAAAAUGGCUCUUCAUUUUACCACUUAUACCUUUUAUAAUUCAGUCAAAUUAAGCACUGUUUUGACUUGUGAUUUGUAUUUGAACACAUAUAUGAUUUAAAUUUCAAUAAAUUGCUGAAGCCAAUUGAUGAUCCGUGUCAAUCCUCACAUGAUUGGUUCGCACAGCAUGCUCGUGACACCCGUAGUCAGCGUCCGCAGCACCCACAGGUACUUUUCCGAAAAAAAAAAAGGUAAAAAAACCCCCAAUAAACCCAAGAAGAAUGGAAUCCGUGAAAUAGCCACGGAUUUGCUUAACUCAAAAUCCGUGGAAUAGCCACGGAAUCACUCAAAUUUCUGUGAAACUGACACGGAUUUCGCUACAAUGCAAGUUAAUGACAGUCAUGUCCCGUGGCUAUUCCAACAUACAAAGUGAUUAUGUACAUUCACUGAGUGAAUAUUUAGAAAAUAAAACAUAUUUCUCGCUAGAAAUGUGAUCAAAAUCCAUUUUUAUGCAGAAACUAAGUCAAGAUAUUGAUUUUUUCACUAAAAAUGAGAGAACUGUCCACCAUGUUUUUUGUUCUGACCGCUGGGACCUUAAAAGUCACGUGACUUGGACACAAACCAAGAGGAAAAAAUAGCCAUGGAAUAGCCACGGGAUAUGACUGUCAUUAACUUGCAUUGUAGCAAAAUCCAUGUCAGUUUCACGAAAAUUUUAGUUCAGCGAAUCCGUGGCUAUUUCACGGAUUCUUGUGACACCAGGUUCCAUCAUUCACUUAAAAGAGCUGUUCCUUUGAACUGGCUCAUUCGCGACUGACACAUCACUAGAAUGUGGCCUUGUAGAAAAGUUUAAAACUCACUGUUUUGGAUGUGGGCCCAACCUACUAGCAGCUGGCUAAAUGGCUAAAUGUUAGCACCAUUGGGAACACAAUGGAGACUUCCAAACUGCGGCACAACUCUGAUUUGGUGUGAAUGCAGCUUUGGGUACGAACAUUCGCAGCUGAUUCGUGUUUCUGUCUAGCUGAUGAUUGUUUGACUAAACACUCUGCUGCUCUCCCUCGCUAACAACACACUGUCGGUCCACAUGAGUGCACAUUCACUGAGAAAUGUUGUUGACUCUGUUAAAGGGUGGGGAGCAGAAUCUUGCUGUGCCAGUUUUGGGCGCUCACAUUUGUACAGAGGUUUGUCCGUUUGGUUUGUAAGCCCUAACAAUGGAACAUAGUCCAUUGCAUCCAACAUCUAUUUUAUAUGUGGUGUCUAUCUUGUGGUGUUUUGGAAAAUUGGACACACUAAAUGCACUGAUCUCGCCGAGCCCUUCUUCCCCGUGUAGAUUAAGAAUGUUCCAGUUAGUUCUGGGGGAUCAAAUCAGCACAAACCUGCCGCCACUGCCCAUAAGCCCGCUGAGAGAAACACGCUCAUGCCUCAUGCUCUCUUUUCUUCAUGAACAAUGGAAGAAAAAGGGAAAAUUGGGUUUUGCUUGCUUGCUUUCCACAGUAGCUCAAGGCCUUCACAUUAGUCAACCAAAUAAUUAACUCAGAGCUCUGCGGAGCACCGGAGCAUUGUGGGGUAUCCAUCCUAUAAUUGAAAUUCACUCAUAGAAGCUACAUUUACUGCAAAUCAAUGUUUCACUUCUGUUAAACAUUUUCAUUUUCUGGUGUACACAUAUUGUACCUCAAGUCCGGAAAUGAUCAAACCCCACAUGCUGCUCUGGGGAUUUGUAGUCAGCACAACUUUUUCGCCUACGUUUUUCAAACUCAAUCCAAAUAUUGUGCUUCCAAUACAUCAAACGGGGAAAAAUAUGCAGAAGUAUUUUUAUAUGUACUGAAUACUAUGGGGAAACCUGCAGGGAAUAUACAUGCUGUAUGGUCAGUGAUCUGGAGGGUUUUAUUUGACUAUAUAGUCAUGUUUUGAAACGGUACGACAGAAUACAAAAGGAAAAAUCACAAAAGAAAAUGUGUUCACAAAGAGACGUGGACAACAGCGGGGGCUCAUAAACCUGAUUGUUAUACUGCUACCUUUUUCAGUUAUUGUGUGUACUUAGGGGGAUUAGCUUUAAAGCAAGCACUCUUUUAUUAUGGCCAUUAAGCAGCAGAUGAAUUAUUUGCAAAUGCCAGGAAGUGACUCUCGAAGCAAGAAACCAAUCAAGGUCUUAUGAAAAUAAAUGUCAUGUUACCUUGGAAAGUUUUAAAUUUGCCAUAAUUAGUGAGUAGCUUUAAUCUUUAUGUGAGUGAAUUUUGACGUACUGUUCAACUUUCCCUGACUGGAUUCUCUAUUCUGUAUUUAAACUAUGUGAUUAUAGCAUUUUUCAAAAACACUCAGACAGCAAGGUUUUGUUUGCAGAAUAAUGAUGUUUGCAGUGUCCUUUUUUUUAACCACCACUUUACUGUUUUCCACCAGGAAAAUGCUCAGCUUUAGAGAAAGGGCCCAGAACUGUUUAAGAUGACUGAUUUUCAUUCCACUCCAUCUCUCAACACAUUCAAAAAUUGUCUUUAGCUGCAAGAACAGAGUGUUAGCUGUGAAGUGGAAUGGAAAUAAGCUGCUGAUUAUGAGCAAGAGUUCUUUUAAGUCAAUCAUACAAACAGCCUCAAAAGAUGAGAAAGUUAGAGCUAAGAAAUGAAAUCAUAAUAGAUCAAAUGUCACUUGCAGUUUUGUGUUAUUAUUUUAAUCAGAUUUUCAGACACUUUUGAACAGCUAAGACAAAGAUCAACUUUGAGAUGUUUUCAAUUUAAUGUUCAAGUUUCAAUGUUUCAAAUCUGAAGUGUAUCUCUAUGACUUUAAAUACACAAAGCAACAUUAUGCAGAAACCUGCAUCAGGUCAGGAUGAAAAGCUCCCAAAUGAUAUAAAACUUUAAGAAAUAAAACUAAAAUACAGAUCCAACUAGGGCUGGGAGAUAUGGACCAAAAGUCAUAUCCCAAUAUUUUUAGGCUGAAUAUCGAUAUACGAUAUAUAUCCCAAUAUUUUUGUCGCAAAGUGAGAGCAAAUGUACAGUCAAAGUCAAGUAUGACAUGUCACAAGUAGUUUUAUUGAAACCAUUUAUUUAACUGAACAUAAAUACUGUAUAACAACAGGAGAACCUUUAAAAAAAAACCAAAGCUCCAUAAAGUGCACGUUUAAAUAAAAAGCCCAUGAAAGCCUAUGAAAUAAAAUAGAUAAAUAAAAUAUUUUUCUGUAAUAAAUAUAUUUAUAUGAGGAAAGAAUAAAGAAUAUUACAGAUGAACUAAAUAUGACGAAGCCUAGUAAGGGCAGCAUUUAUAUAUAAAGAACAUUUUUUUUAACUAUAUCAAUAUGCGAUAUGGUCUAAAUCCAUAUCACAUUUAAAAAUAUAUUGAUAUAUUUUUUUAUAUCGAUAUAGCCACGAAAGGUUUUCAAACGGGACACAAACCCUGUUCUCCUGGGUGA